AUGAAAACCUUCCUCGUCCUAAUGGUAGUCCUGAUCGUCUCGGGCCCAGAUUUCGCCCGAUCAUUGCCGGGUGUACCACGGUUACCACGCCCAUCUAUCACGUCCGGGAAAUGUGGCGAAUGCUGGUGUUCAUACGUCAACGGCCGCCAAGUUGGCUCGCCUACUUGUCCGCCAAGCAUCAGACCCGCACACCCAGCUCGGCAGAAACUCGCCUGA